GAUACUGGGCCGCUCUUAUAUAUGCACUCCGAUUCGGCUCCUCCCACCAGCUCCGCCGUCGUCACGCCACAAAUGGAGUCACUCCCCGCCGCCGCCUCGGUCGCCAGGGCCUGCCUCCCGGCCACCGCCUUUUCGUCGUCGUCGCCCUCCUCCUCCUCCUCCUCCUCGCCGUCCGUCCUCAGCACCGUCGCCUGGCCCUGCCACGCCACGCGAGCCGUCUCUAGUGGCGCCGCGAAGGACUCGAUUCUGUAUGCGCUGGAGCACGACGAGAUGUUUAACUCGGCGGAGGUGAUCCAGUGGGAGAGCGGCAAGUCCAUCAACUCCAUCGCCGCCGCGCAGGGCAUCCGCAUCCGCCGCCGCUGCCGCCCCCGGUACCCCUCCGCCGCCGACGGGGCCAUCCCGCGCAACAUCCUCGAGCAGAUCAUCUGGGACAAGGAAGUGGAGGUCUCCCAGAGGAAGGCCAAGAAGCCGCUCAAGAACGUGGUCGAGUCGGCAGGGCACGCGCCGCCUCCCAGGCACUUCCUCGGGGCGCUGGAGACGGCUCACCGCCGCAACGGCGUGCCCGCCCUCAUCGCCGAGGUCAAGAAGGCGUCACCGAGCAGGGGCAUUCUCAGGGAGCACUUCAAUCCGGUCGAGAUUGCGCACGCCUAUGAGAAGAAUGGCGCGGCCUGCUUGAGCAUCCUGACUGACGAGAAGCACUUCCAGGGAAGCUUUGAGAAUCUUGAGACUGUGCGCAAUUCCGGAGUGAAGUGCCCUCUUCUUUGCAAGGAGUUCGUCAUCGACAUCUGGCAAAUCUACUACGCACGCUCAAUGGGUGCCGAUGCGAUUCUGCUGAUUGCCGCCGUGCUACCGGACCUCGACAUCAAGUACAUGUUUCACGUCUGCAAAAAACUUGGAAUGACUGCUCUUAUUGAGGUUCGUGAUGAGAGGGAGUUGGAUCGUGUACUGAAGAUAGAUGGUGUUCAGCUUAUCGGCAUUAACAAUCGUAGUCUAGAGACAUUCGAAGUCAAUACUGCAAACACAAAGAUGUUAUUAGAGAAACGCAUUGACAUCAUUAAAAAGAAGGGAAUACUGGUUGUUGGCGAGUCUGGUUUGUUCACUCCUGAUGAUGUCGCAUAUGUGCAGAAUGCUGGUGUUUUGGCAGUUUUGGUAGGAGAAUCCCUAGUGACACAGGAAGAUCCUGGGCGAGCCAUUGCUGGGCUGUUUGGGAAGGAGCUCUUGCACUGAAUUAUUGUUAUCGAGCUUUAGUUGUUGUAUGUAGUAAUCAGGGGCAGAUAAAUGAAGGCUUAGAUGCAUAAAGAUUGUACCAGAUGUAACCAUGAAUAAGUGCAGUGUUUAUAAAUGUAAUUCCAUUCUGUUA